AUGGCUAAGGAUUUUAGGCCUAUCUCUUGCUGCUCAGUGAUUUACAAGACAAUCACUAGAAUUUUAGCUACUAGAUUAGUUUUGUUCUUCUCUGACAUGAUAUCCCCUAACCAGUCAGCAUUUGUUAAUGGUGGAAACAUAGUUGAUAACACUUUGCUUGCCCAAGAAAUUAUAAGGGGAUACUCUAGGAAGAAUCUCUCUCCUAGAUGCACUAUUAAGAUAGAUUUGCAAAAUGCCUUGGAUUCAAUUGGUUGGGAUUUUUUUAUGACUGUUUUGGAAGCUAUGGCAAUGAAUGGUGUUUUCAGAUUUCAUCCUAAGUGCAAAAGAAUUCCCCUCACUUACUUAUGUUUUGCUGAUGACUUGCUUUUGUUCUGCCGUGGGUCUUUGGAUGCUAUGUUGGGAGUAGUUAGUACUCUUGAAAAGUUCUAUGAACUCUCAGGUCUUAAGUUGAAUGCUUUGAAGACUGAGUUGUUUGCUUGUGGAGUGGCUAGGGAUAAGCUGGAAAUGAUCCAAAUUGCUAUUGGUUUUAGGAUAGGCUUGCUUCCUGUUAGGUACCUUAGGGUGCCCUUGGUUACAUGUAAGCUCACAAGUAAGGACUGCUCGGCUUUACUUGUGAAAAUCAAAGGUAGGAUUGACAAAUGGUCUAGCAGGAAACUCAAUUUUGGGGGUAGAUUACAGCUUGUGAAGUCUUUUAUUUUCAGUAUUUUUGGUUACUGGUGCAGGCCGAUCAUAUUACCUAAGGGGGUUAUGAGGGAUAUUGAGAAGAUUUGCUUGAGGUUUUUCUGGAAGGACAGUGAUACUUCAGCAAGAGGGACUAAAGUUAGCUGGAAUCAGGUUUGCACCCUUAAAUAUGAGGGUGGUCUAGGCCUUAGGAAGCUGGCUGAUUGGAGCAAGGCUUGUUGUUUCAUGCUAAUUAAAAACAUUCUUGCGGGGGAGGGGUCCUUAUGGAUUGCUUGGGUGAAAACUUACUGUUUUAAAUCAGUACACUAUUGGGAGGUUGAUAGCAAAACUCACUUCAGUUGGAUUAUUUGCAAGCUGAUCAAGAUGAGGGAGGAGGCUAGAAGAUUUUUCAGUCCUAUGGUUAAUUUGUCACAGAUUAAUGGCAGAUGGAUUUGGGACAAUAUCAGAGAAAUGAGAGAAAAUGUGGACUGA